AUGCCUGCCAAACCGCUCCUGGGGACCAAAGUCACGAAGCUGUGUCGAGUGUGUCGACAGAACAAGACCAAAUGUGACGCUGCCGCAAGAAGACCUCUUCCGUGCACCUACUGCUCGAAGAAAAACAUCAAAUGUGUGUUUGACGUUGCCAAACCGUCCAAGCGGUCGUACGACCUCACGGAGAAGCUCGUGUGUGAGGUUCAGGAGUUGCACUCCAAGCUCGACAGAAUCGUCGAGAAAAAGGCUACGCUAGUGUCCCAGUUUCUUCGAAGAAGUGCUCCUUCGACUCCUGCAACGCCCCUGGACAUGAUGGGGGUGCUUGUCUCGUCAGACUCGGACUCAGAUGCUUCAGACUCGAGCAUCCCAAAUUACAUCGAUCCUAUACCUACCCUCAGCCUUUCCAACUCAUUUGCUAUCCACUCAAACCUGGCGUACGAGCCGUGGACCAUCUCCUACGAUAGAGCGCUUUAUCUCCUAAACAAUUUCAGGGAGCAUUUCCUCCCGUACUUGCCAGUGUUGCCGGACCUGUUCUUCGAAAAUCCUGAUUUGCAUGAGAUCCACAAGCAAAGCGACCUUCUAUUCUGGUCCAUCAUAGUCACCUCGCUUCUAAAUCAGAAUCUGCCUGAUGAGUACCGCACCUUGGCUCGUCAUGUUCAGAAUUUGGUCGUGGUCAGAUGCUGGUUCAACACGCCUCGCUCUUUGUACGCUUUGGUCACCUUGCUUAUAUUGACCACCUGGCCCUUGCCUGACGAUCGCUCCCCGAAAGUGCAGAGCAACAUCUCAGUCAAGUAUAUUUCUUUGAUGAAGAGCUUGUCUCUUCAGUUUGGCUUGCACAAGUUAGACUUCAUUAGCGAAUUUAGUAAGAAAACAGAUUUGCAAGUGGCUCAAAAGCCUGAUGUCAAUGACAUCAUGCGUGCAAGAAUAUACAAGUUCGUGAACAUCAACUCGAACUACUGGUUGGUUUUCCUUGGGUUGUCUAACUCCAACUUCAACGGCUUCCAUCAGGACUAUAUCAUAAACAAGGCUGCCAACAUUGACAUCUUCAACAAAGAUAGGUAUCAAGACACUGACAAUUUCAUCAAUCUGUUGUUGAAGGUUUCGUUGAUCCAACUGAAAAUGAAUGAAAGCAUGAAUAAUGUUGUUGAGAGCGCAAACAAGAUGAGCAAGCUCAUUCAUCUCAAUAUGUUUGAGAAGAUUCUUGACGACUUCUGUAAAGAUAAAACCACACCUUUGGUGAAGGACAAUAUGAUUGCAAUCUCCUUAGAGUACUCAAAGUUGCAAUUAUAUGUUUAUUACUUUUCCACAGUGGACAUCAGUCUUGAGGAGUACAGAGAUAUAGUAUAUCGAGCAAUCAGGUGCUGCUCAAGCAUUUUAGCGUUUUUCUCAAAAUCAUUUGGUCAUUUUAAAAAUUUUUGUCAAAUUCCAAUCCACUACCGUUUCGGCAUCGAGUUGGCUUCACUUGUGCUUUUGGAUAUUCAUUCGAGCCCUCUUCUUCGGCUGAUAGAGGAUUACGCUUUUGUGAAGACCACAUUUUUGGAAACCUACAGAAUCAUAUCGAGCUGCACAGGUGACAGACUGACUUCUACUAAUCGACUUCUAAAAAUCAUAAUGAAGUUUGAUCAAUGUGACAAAUCCAAGUUGCUCGCAUUGAAAAGCAAGCAAGGUUCUUUUUUCCUCAUUGAAAAAAUGAGCAACUACCUUAUAUCAGGCUUGCACUAUGAAUUGAUAUGGCAUGUAUAUCAAACUGAAAAAUAUGGGUACGAUGAGGAAAAUACUGACAUAAACUGGAACUUGUUUGGGUUGCGUCCCGAAAUUCCUCAGCAUCAGGAAAUCAUGAAUUACGUUCAGGAUUCCACAUCAAUCUUUGCAUAA